CACUCUGCAGAUCCAGCAGAUCCUCUCCUCAGGGACCAGGUACCGUCAAGGACCCCUGCUGCGCUUUUUCAGCACCCAUCAGACCGCAGACGGCCGAAUUGUUGCGGAACUUCUGCUUUUGGUACCUUUUUUGUUCACCUGGCGACGUCGGUGCGCAGCGCAAUUACGCACGACCUAGAUCUGCAAACUGCAUCAUAGAACUUGUCUUGUUUAGUUAGCCUUCAUCUUUUUUUUAAAGUCCUGUCUUAAUUCAUAGUCUUGAAUUGAUUUGACUUGAAGCACAGAAUAUACACCCGCUCCCUGAAUCUGCGGAUCUGUGUUUUUACGCGUCAGGUUAACAGGUGUGCAAACGCACACCACCUUUUCUUGUCCAGUUAGAACCGCGGGUGACUGGUUUCUAAGUCAGAGCAGCACAGCAAAGUGGAGGACAAGACCAGCAAGGAAAAAUCAAAAACAACAACUAAGUGACAAACAACCCAGGAUAAAAGAAAAACAGAGAGGGAGGGAGUGACAGAAAAAAACGAGAGAGAGAGAGAGAGAGAGAGACCCCCUAGAGACUAUAGGAGACUCGGCCCCCGGCCUGAGAGAAGGAGAGAGAGAGUGAGGGAGUGAGGGAGUGUUUUAAAGCCAGCAGGAGGCAUGAUGUCCUACAUUAAGCAACCCCAUUACGCCGUGAACGGGUUAACGCUGUCCGGCCCGGGCAUGGAUCUGCUCCACUCCGCCGCCGUUGGAUACCCCAGCACCCCGCGUAAACAGCGUCGGGAGCGCACCACCUUCACACGCGCACAGCUGGACAUCCUCGAGGCUCUGUUUGCCAAAACCCGCUACCCAGACAUCUUCAUGAGGGAGGAGGUGGCCCUCAAGAUCAACCUGCCCGAGUCCAGAGUCCAGGUCUGGUUCAAGAACCGUCGUGCCAAGUGCCGCCAGCAACAGCAGCAGAGCACAGGCCAGUCCAAACCCCGGCCUCCUAAAAAGAAGGCAUCCCCUGCUCGGGAGACCAACACUGAAGCCAGUGCCAACCCCACCAAUGGACCCUACAGCCCUCCACCCCCUCCUCCAGGCACAGCCAUCACACCCAGUUCCAGCUCUGCUAGCGCCACUGUGUCCAUCUGGAGCCCGGCCUCCAUCUCCCCGCUGCCAGACCCCUUGUCUGCCUCCACCACCCCCUGCAUGCAGCGCACCACAGCAUACCCCAUGACCUACACCCAGGCCCCAGCCUACAGCCAGAGCUACGCAAGCUCCUCCUCCUACUUCACUGGCCUGGACUGUAGCUCCUACCUGUCCCCCAUGCACCCGCAGCUGUCAGGCACCGGAGGCGCCCUGAGCCCCAUCACAGCCUCGUCGAUGGGUGGGCCCCUCAGCCAGUCCCCCGCCUCGCUCUCUUCCCAGGGCUACACGGCCGCUUCGUUGGGCUUUGGAGCAGUCGACUGUCUAGACUACAAGGACCAAGCUGCCUGGAAGCUCAAUUUCAAUGCCACUGACUGUCUGGACUACAAAGACCAGAACUCCUGGAAGUUCCAGGUCUUGUAAAAUAACAAGUAGUGGGAGGUGGGGAGGGAAGGGGACAAGGGAGGAAGUGAGAAAUCAAAGUAGGGUGAAUAAUCCAAGAUUACUUUUGGUGUAUUUUAGAUGGAGGAAGAGACCUUGGGACACAGAAAUCAUAAAUUAAUCAUAUCAGUUGAAGAACUAAUCAGUUGGGGGGAAAAAACAAACAAUACAUGUGGAAGCAAAUUGAUAUGUUGAUGCUUGGCUUGGUGAUUGUAACAAAGAGAUAGUGUUUCUUCUAAGUUAAGCGACAUAGAAAUCAGCCUUGAAAUCAAGGAAUGGCUGCAGUGUAAGAGCAAUAUCUGUACAAUAAAAUCAAAAAAGAACAACAGCUUUAAUUCUCCAGCUCAGUGGAUUAGAGGAAAUGAUUGUGAUUGAAACACAGUAUGAAUAUGUUACUGAUAAGACAAGAGAACUGAAGGUGCGUAAGCAAAGAAAACCACCUUUGAUUGAGGACUUAGUUUUGGUUUUUAAGAUAUAUUGUCUCUGAUUUGUUUGAUAGAGCUUCAUUCAGAAAUGACUGGCCUUGACUUAGACUCACAUUUGAAGCAGAGCUUCUGUUUUUUGUUUUUUUUGCCACAGCACAACAGUUCAGUGAUCUACAAGUUUACUGCAUAGACAGCCUUGAAAUCGACGUGUUGAAGCACAGGCGAGAGCCCAAGCUCGUGUUCAUUUUUUCCUCCUAGACCUCGUCUUGUAUUUUCCUGCUUUUCAUCAAAGAGCUGACUCAAAAAAAAACCUUGAGCCAAACAACCCAACUAACCCAAACCGACAUGUUAGGUGUCUUAACAUGGGUGCCCAACGAUGGCUAGACAGAAGCUGAUGAUUCCCAGUAGCCUUGUAUGAUACUAACCCUCUGCAGCCUGUGCGUGAUACAAGUGGAGGGGGUAGAGUUUGGUCACUGAGGUGACUGCAGUACAAACCUGUUGCCUUUGAGCUUGGUUGAAAUCAUUAGGGGAAUGGCUCAUACAUUGUUAGUUUAAUAGGAUCACCUCCAGACAAUUUGGGCAACAAUGGUCUCAUUGUGACUUGCGGCAGCCAAGUACUUUUUCUCCACCACCCCCACUCCAUCUCACCAGCGUUUGCAUGAGGUUUAGCGGAUUGUUGAAGCGAUUCUCGAAUCUAUGAAUGACUUUAUUAUAAACAUUUUAGCUGAUAAUCUGCUCCGGCGAAGUCAUUUGACGGGAGAGAAGCCUGCACCAGAGAAAGGGAAGGGACUGGGCCGCCAUGCAGCCCUCCCCCUUUGCACAGAGAGUUCGGUGCCUCUCUCAUCUCCAACCUGUAAAGAUGUGAUGGGUACCACUUUAUAUGUUUGAUGUUUCUUUUGAUUUUUUUUUUGUAUUAGAAUUAAACAAUUUUAUGUUUCUUUAAAAAAAAAAAAUUGUGAAUUCGUUGAAGUAAAAUUGUGGUAAUUUGUUUUGAAGUUAUUAUCAGUAUAUUAUUACUAUCAUUAUGUCUUCAGCUGACAUGGAUGUUGCUUUUUUUGUCGUUCUUAUGUAAAUAUUAAAACUUGAAAAUGCAAUCAUGUCUGCUAUCAGCAAUGAGUUGUUACGCAGGCGCUCCACCCAACAGAAUCUUUCACUUUCUUAAUUUCUAGAAAACUGCCAACUUUUUAUUUUUUCUGUUUAUAUUUUUCUGGCUUCUGCUUCUUCUUCUUCUUUUUUCAAACUCAGGGGUUUCUCCAGUAAAAGUAGCAGUAAUAGGACACAAUGCUGUUUAUGCUUCUUAAUCAUUUACUGAACUUUUAUGUUUUGCAUUACUAUAAUCUUCUCUGCUUAUUUUUCUGACAUGGAUUAUUUUGUAUAUUUCAUUUGUCUUCUGUGUUCAACCAGUCUCACCACUACCAUGCUAGA